UUACAGAUUCAAUUAAGCAUAGAAGUUCCUCCAACCAUCUGCAAGCAGAGUUACAACAAGGUUUUACAUGAAAUUUCUAAGCAAGCAAAGGUUCCUGGGUUUCGUCCUGGGAAGAAAGUUCCAGAGAACAUAUUGAUAAAUUACGUGGGCAGGCAUAAUAUGCAGCAUGCUGUAAUUGAAGCAAUUUUGAAGAAAACACUUCCACAAGCGAUGAAAUCGGUGGAAGGAAGGGCUUUGAAGGAUUCUGUUCGAAUUGCGACUAAUUUUGCGGAGAUGUAUGAUACCUUUUCCCCGGAAGAUUAUUUCAGAUACGAUGUCGCAGUUGAUGUAGCUCCUGAGAUCAAAUGGUUGACAGAGAGCAAGUAUAAGAAUUUGAAGGUCAUUGUUCAAAUUGACAAGUCCAUUACUGCUGAAAUUGCUUCUGACAUAGAGUUAAGGCGCCGCCAUAAAGCUCAAGGAUCUUUGAGAAUUGUAACUGAGCGAGGCCUUAAGAUAGGAGAUCUUGUGGUGUUAGAUAUUUUGGCUACUAAAAUUGAAGGAGACUUGUCUAUAGGUGAAAAAAUCCCAUCAGCAGAGAGAAAAGGGUUUCAUUUGGACACAGAUGAGGCUGACAACCUCCUUCCUGGGUUUCUUAAUUCAAUAGUAGGAAUUAAGCAAGGAGAAACAAAAUCAUUUCAUCUUCAGUUUCCAGAAUCAUGGGAACAAGUAAAUCUCCGAGGCGUUCAGGCUCAAUUUACUGUCGAGUGCAAAGAACUCUUUUAUAGAGAUCUGCCUAUAUUGGAUGACUCUCUUGCAGAACAUCUCCUUCCUGGGUGCAGUAGUUUGGAUCAGGUGAGAGAAUUAAUACUACAAAGAUGCGAAGAACUAGAACAAACUGCAAUCGAACAAGCAACUGAUAAUGCAAUUCUAGAACAACUGUCUAAGAUUGUUGAAGUAGAUAUACCUCGGUCAUUAUUUGAAGAGCAAGGCAGAGAAAUUUAUGGAGCCAGACUACUGCAAUUUCAGGCUGGAGGAAAGGUUACCGAACAACAGCUGGCUUCUCUUUCAAGUGAAAAGGUAGUCAACGAGUACCUUGAGAACCAGAAGGAGAAUAUAACAUGUAUACUAAAACAGAUGCUGUCUGCACAUGUUGCUGAUAACUGGCAUUUUCUGGUUAAGUAG